GGCGGCGCCGCGGCCCUCGCGGCCCUGGGGAUGGGCGGAGCCCCCGCCGCCUGUGCUGGUGGCCGCCGCCGCUCCGGGAGCCGAGCAGCCGCCUCUUCCCGCGCGUCGCGGCUUCCAGGGCGGGGGGAUGCUGGGCAAAGGGGUGGUCGGCGGUGGCGGCGGCACCAGGGCGCCGAAACCCUCCUUCGUGUCGUACGUGCGCCCCGAGGAAAUUCACACAAACGAAAAGGAAGUAACAGAGAAGGAAGUAACUCUGCACUUGCUGCCAGGUGAGCAGCUGCUCUGUGAAGCCAGCACCGUGCUGAAGUGCGUCCAGGAAGACUCCUGCCAGCGCGGCAUCUAUGGCAAACUCGUCUGCACAGACUUCAAGAUUGCGUUCUUGGGCGACGACGAGUCUGCACUGGAAAGCGAUGAAACCCAGUUUAAGAAUAAGAUCAUAGGAGAGAAUGACAUUCCGCUCCACUGUGUUGAUCAGAUUUAUGGAGUGUUUGAUGAGAAAAAAAAAACUCUGUUUGGACAACUGAAGAAAUACCCCGAGAAGCUCAUCAUCCACUGCAAAGACCUCCGGGUAUUCCACUUCUGUCUGAGGUACACAAAGGAAGAGGAAGUCAAAAGGAUUGUCAGUGGCAUCAUCCAUCACACCCUGGCUCCUAAACUGCUGAAGCGAUUGUUUCUCUUCUCCUAUGCAACCGCUGUGCACAGCAACACGCCCACCAAUCCCCAAAACCAUACUGUGAUGUUUGACACACUGGAGGACUGGUGCUGGGAACUGGAGCGGACCAAAGGCAGCAUGAAGUACAAGGCAGUGAGUGUCAACGAAGGCUACAGAGUCUGUGAGAGGCUGCCGGCGCACUUCGUUGUCCCCGCCCCACUUCCUGAAGAGAGUGUGUCCCGCUUCCAGGGCCACGGCAUCCCAAUAUGGUGUUGGUCCUACCACAAUGGAUGUGCCCUUUUAAAAAUGUCAGCGCUGCCCAGAGAACAGGACGAUGGCAUUCUACAAACCCACAAGAACUUCCUGGAUGGAAUUUACAGGGUCAUCCACAGGCCACCCUAUGAAAUAGUCAAAACUGAAGACCUAUCAAGCAACUUCCUGUCCCUGCCCGACAUCCAGACCGCGUACUCGAAGUUUAAACAGCUGUUUCUGAUAGAUAACAGUACUGAAUUUUGGGACACAGAUAUCAAAUGGUUUUCUUUGUUGGAAAGUAGCAGCUGGCUUGACAUAAUCAGACGCUGCCUGAAGAAGGCGAUCGAGGUCAUAGAAUGCCUGGACGCACAGAACACGAACGUCCUUCUUGUAGAGGAGAACGCCUCCGACCUCUGCUGCCUCGUCUCCUCGCUGGUGCAGGUGAUGAUGGACCCGCACUGCAGGACCAGGGCCGGCUUCCAGAGCCUCGUCCAGAAGGAGUGGGUCGCGGGCGGGCACUGCUUCCUGGACCGCUGCAACCACCUGCGGCAGAGUGACAAGGAGGAGGUCCCCGUGUUCCUGCUCUUCUUGGAUUGUGUCUGGCAGCUGGUGCACCAGCACCCCCCCGCAUUCGAGUUCACAGAGACGUACCUGACCGUCUUGUCGGACAGCCUGUACAUACCUAUUUUCACCACCUUCUUCUUCAACUCGCCUCAUCAGAAGGAGAUGAACCUGGGCAGGGAAGCUCAGGAUGCACACAGCACGCCCCUGCACCUGCUCACGGUGUGGGACUGGUCUGUGCAGUUUGAACCCAGAGCCCAGACCUUGCUCCAGAACCCUCUGUACGUGGAAAAACCCAAACUGGACAAAGGCCAGCGGAAAGGAACGCAUCUCAAACAUCAGCGACAGCUUUCUUUGCCGCUGACCCAGUCCAAGUCAUCUCCCAAAAGAGGAUUUUUCAGGGAAGAAACAGAUCAUUUAAUUAAAAACCUUCUGGGCAAGAGAAUUAGCAAACUGAUUAAUUAUUCCGAUGAGCUGCAAGACAGCUUUCGAGAGUUCUACGACAGCUGGCAUAGCAAGCCCGCCGACUACCACGGCCUGCUGCUGCCUCACAUCGAGGGGCCGGAGGUCAGGGUGUGGGCCCAGCGCUACUUGCGUUGGAUCCCAGAAGCCCAAAUCCUGGGUGGUGGCGCGGUGGCCAUGACGAGCAGACUGGUGGGAAUGAUGGAGGAAGUGCGGAGCUUACAGGAGAAAAUCAACGAGAGACACCACCACCAGAGGGCCCUGCCGGCCGAGGCCCCGUCCCUGCUGCGGAGCUCGGCGCGCCUGUCCUCGCUGUUCCCCUUCGCCUUGCUGCAGCGGCGCCCCUCCAAGCCCGUCCUGCCCACCAGCGGCUGGAAAGCCCUGGGAGACGAAGAGGACCUGGCCAGGCGAGAAGAUGAGUUUGUGGACCUCGGGGAGGUGUGACCUGCGGGCGGUGGCCGUGGGAGAGGAAGCCGAGGACUGGGACCGGAGGCCGCACGUGGACACGCUGAUCGGGCUGUGUGUCCCGCGGGAGCCAUGCUGGGAGGAGGGCCAGCGGCCUCAGGAGAAGAGCCGGCUCUCUACUCCUGGCCCUGGGCGACUAUGCAAUUAAAACCGUAUCUCUAGUAUUAGUAACUGUUCCCUGACGCACAGUGUUACACGGAAUCGGCCGUAGCUCGUUUACUACUCAGAAGGGCUUUGGUCAGACAUUCUUGGAUCGAUUCUUUCUUCAGAUCCUUUCGGUGCCAAGAUAACUUACCCAGUCUCAGUGCAGAGCAGGUUCAGCUUCGUGGGAUGUGAAUGGCGACGGGGGCGGGGAUUCAGGUGGAGCGUUGAGAUGUAUAGCAUUCACUUCAACACCCGCCGUGUCAUUCCUUCCUGCAUCGCUUGCCGUGGAAAGCGGAAGCCAGCCUCCCGGUCACCAUCCUGACGGGCAGACCGUCCCCCUCCCGCAGGGAUGGCCUUCGUGCGCGGGUGCUGGGCCCGCCAACCGCGCCACCCUUUUCCACGUGCUGACGCCUCCAGGUCUCUGCCUGCUCCGCCCACUCGCCCGUCCCUCCAUGCCGCCCGGCUGCGGUGCCCGCGGUCCCGGGCCUUGCUGCUAGACCUGGUUUUUACACGGGGGGACUCUCGUCUGCCCAGAGGCGCUUCCGUUCUGGAGGCUCAGCGCGUGCAGGUGAUGCUCGGCCAUUUCCUAGCGGCGUGCCCAGGCCGGGGUCCCCGCCGCAGCCCCGCAGAUGGUUCCCCACACUCUCUGUCGGCUGACAGGCUGAUGAGGAUCCCUUCCGGCCGUGGCUUCCCCGGGAGGAGCUGAGCAUCAGCAUCAGAAGCGAUGGCUGUCCGAUUGUGCCUCCGCGACCUAAAAGCCAUACAAGAAGCCGAACUGCGCUUGGUAGCCUUCUCGCACCUGCUUCUAAAUGCGGGAAAGUCCACUUUGCAAGGACCAGUUUCUCAUUCUCAGUGGGACCCCGUUAAACCCACAAAAGGCGGGAGGAAAACGUCUGAGGUUAGAAGGUGUCAGCAGGAAUGUUUGCCUUUUAAGUGCAUUUGCUGCCCAGUGCAGAGCCCGGUUUAAGUGGCAGGUGUUAGAAACACUCCCACUUGUCCCGAGGCAGGAGGAAGCGGGAGGUUCUCGGUGUGCACGGAAUCGUCUUCUGUCCGUACCGACACUGCUUGGCUCCCCCACUCGUGUGGACACGGGAGCGGGCUGGGCGGAGGGCGGGCUCCUGCACUGGGGCCAAGCACACGCCGGCCUCGGUCGCCUGAAGAGUCUCACUGGGGAGGUGGGCGCAGGCUUGCCAUAGCUUUCACCAGUGCACUCGUUCACCAGCCCCCCUCACACGCUCUGUGGGCCUCGCACACUAGCACCAACCUCCACGUCUCUGCCCCAGGGGCCUCCCGAAUACACGACGGAGCUAUUUUUGCUACCAUAUUGUAGCGUGAAUACUUAUACAGUGGCCUCUUCAGUCUUAAGAUCUUAGCAAUUUUCAUUCCAGAAACGCCCGGUGCGAUGCUUUAGACUUCACAAAGUAUGGUUUAAAGGCACAAGUCAUGGCCCCUGUCAUAGCAGUUGAAUGUGCAUUGAAAUAUUUUUCUAUGACUUUAAAAAAAUUACAGUAGAAAAAUAAGCUGUUAUAACAUGGGAGGUCAUGACAUUUUAUUUAUAUUUGAAAUCAGAUUUCUAUAAACUUGUAUUUGUGUACAGAAUUCUCAGUGGGUUUAUAUAUUGUGACGUUUUUAUUCAAAAUUGAAAUGUGGGUUAUGCUUAACAGUUAAAACUGAAACGAGACCAUUCGCUUUGUUUAAGAUGCUGCACUGUGCGCGUUUGGAAAUGUACGUUACUUUACCGCGUAUAAUAUCUUGCGUUUGUUUAUACCUCCAAGUUUUUACACUGAAGAUAAAUUAGCUUUAAUUACAUGUAAAACUUUUUUUUAAAGGGAAUAAGCUGUUGGGCUAAAUCUGUAUAAAUGUGCUUUUUAUUUUUUGAACGUACAAUGAAAGUUUACUUGUAUCUCACUGCACCAUGUCUGACUGCAGAAAUUAAAGCACAAUUUACCAGCAGACAUACUCAGUGUGGUUGGUAAAACAUGGAAUAAUUACUUUCA